AUUGCCGCCAAGCCCAGCCUGUCCCGCUGCCACCACCAUGACGCUCCUCCCUGGCCUCCUGUUUCUGACCUGGCUGCACACAUGCCUGGCCCACCACAACCCCUCCCUCAGGGGGCACCCCCACACUCAUGGGACCCCACGCUGCUACUCGGCCGAGGAGCUGCCCCGAGGCCAGGCCCCCCCACACCUGCUGGCUCGAGGUGCCAAGUGGGGGCAGGCUUUGCCUGUAGCCCUGGUGUCCAGCCUGGAGGCAGCAGGCCACCAGAGGAAGUAUGAGGGGUCCCCGGCUGAGACCCAGUGCCCAGUGCUGCGUCCAGAGGAGCUGUUGGAGGCAGACACCCACCAGCGCUCCAUCUCACCCUGGAGAUACCGCGUGGACACGGACGGGGACCGCUACCCGCAGAAGCUGGCCUUCGCCGAGUGCCUAUGCGGAGGCUGCAUCGACGCCCGGACGGGCCGAGAGACGGCCGCGCUCAACUCGGUGCGUCUUCUCCAGAGCCUGCUGGUGCUGCGCCGCCAGCCAUGCUCCAUCCACGGCGCAGGGCCCCCCACCCCUGGGGCCUUCGCCUUCCAUGCCGAGUUCAUCCGUGUGCCCGUCGGCUGCACCUGCGUGCUUCCUCGGUCAGUGUGACCACCCAGGCCCUGGAGCCCCCAGACUGGACACGUGGGCACCCCCUAUUUAUGUGUAUUUAUUGUUAUUUAUACCCUGGGCCUGUGGGGGAGGCUGUGCUCCCCCCACACUGCCCUCGGGGUCCUGGGCAGGGACAGAGCUCUCAGCAGCUGGCGGAUCAGGGAGACGGGCAUCCUCCGGGUUUGGAGGGUGGCCCCCACCAUUCUCCCCAUCUCCAGCCUCAGUAGUUAGGACUAGAAGGAGCUCGGUGCCUCUUCUGGCCCUUAAAGCCACAGCCACAGAAAAGCUGUCUCAUGGCCACCUGUACCACGGCCCCACCCCCCAGACUUCCCUCAGCCACCACUGGCCUCAGGCCCCCCGGUUCCCUCUUCCCAACCUCCCUGGAAGUACCUCUGUUUCUUAAACAAUUAUUUAAGUGUACAUGUAUUAUUAAACUGAUGAACACAUCCUCAGAGGCCCACAUUCAGUGGGACAUUCUCCUGCUCACCCUGGCCCAGGCCAGCCACUGACCCAAUUCUGGGGCAUUCUUCCAGAAAGGUCUCUGCAGCAGUGAUUGGUGCAUGCAGGUGGGACUGAGCUCUAACACGGGGCAGCACAGGUGUCCCUGCUCUGCCCACGCAUCGUCUCCCGGGGAUACUCCAGGAACCGGGAUGAGCCUCCUUCCCCCAAGCCAAGCCUUGAGCCCCAUCCUUUGUAAUAACGGGGAGCGCCUAGGGGCACCAUCUCGGCCCUCACAGCAAGAGUCUCUGAGGAUGAGCUGCCAGCACUGUUGGCUCCGGAGCCCAAGGCCAUGGGCCCAAGGCUUCCUAGUGCAGAUCAACAGCCAAAGCCAAGACGCCCUCCCUGAGGGAGAACUAGCCGCGCAGGGCCCAGGGUCUGUUAACUCUUUUUUUUUUGAGACCGAGUCUCACUGUGUUGCCCAGGCUGGAGUGCAGUGGCAUGAUC